AUGGCCGUCGGGAAAAGGCGGUUUCUUUCCUCAAAGGAAAAGACACGGCGGGAAUCUGCAAAAAAGCUAAUUGAGAAUAUAAAUGGAAAUAGAAAUGAAAUCUUCAAAGUUGAUCAACAAAUCGCUGAUAAACUUGUCAUUAACAUAGACCAAGACGAUACAGAUAUAACAUGGAAAGAUGGUCGGCGCCUAGUUGAGCUUUCAUUACUAGCCGAAGCUUUGAAAGCUUGCGUGGGUUGUGGCUCAAACUUAAAAUUGCAUAAUACUAUUAACGAACAAAGAUUUGGAUUUGCCAGUAUAAUGAACAUUUCUUGUGAAAAAUGUGGAUACGUGACUGCUAUACCAACCAGCAAAAGACAUUUCACUGGACAACGAGGACCUGGCGCAUUUGACAUAAAUACCAAAAUGGCACUAGGAAUGACCGAUUGUGGCUCUGGACAUCGGCAACUCAAUAAGUUGUUUGCCACAAUUGGAGUUCCAGGCAUUUCUGCUAAUGCCCUCAAGACACGGGAAAGAGAAGUAAAUAAACCCCUGGUAGAAACAGCCAAAAAAUCUUGCCUCGAAGCCAUUGAAGAGGAGACUGCUUUAACGCUUGAUGAUACACCACACAAGGGUCUCGCAAUUAAAUAUGACAUGUGUUGGCAAAAAAGGGGGAGUGGAAGGUCGUAUGACAGUCCAUCUGGAGUGGGUACCGCUAUAGGAUCGAUGACGGGGAAAAUACUCGAUUAUGGUAUUUGCGGGAAAAACUGUAGAAUCUGUUUAUAUGCUGAAAAGAUAAAUAUUGAAGCUAGGCCUCAUAACUGUAAAAAAAAAUUGGAAUCAAUCCUCAAAAGCCAUGGAGGCCUUCACGGGAGCAAAGCUGAUGUAGAAUAUUGA